AUGCCUACCGUCUUCAGCAAGUUCGUCGAUGGCGAGAUUUCCCCCAAGCAUCCCCAACAUUCGCCUGCACAAGGGCACGACGAAAAGUCGAAAGUACACACUCAGCUGCUCAACUCCGAUGAGCCUCAGAUGAGUCAAGCUGUGAUAGAACAGCUUAAGGCACAUGAAGAAGAGCUCACUCAAGCUGUGAUAGAACAGCUCAAGGCACACGAAGAAGAGCUCAAGGUUGAGCAACUCCUCAGAAGUGCCCAGCUCGCAUCCGUAAGGCAACGCACCACAAUCGAGAGCCGAGUGCCAGAACUGCUUAACCCUCAGUCAAUUCAAGCUGAGAGGGAAUUGCCCGAGCCAAGCCAAUUCUCAAAGGAACACUUCGACAUGACUCAGAAGCCAGAUGAUUGGGCCGAUAAACAGGCUGGGCUCACUCUGGGCAAUGGCCAGUUGAGGCUGAAGAUUCAGGACUGGCGGACUCCUAUCCCGCAAUUCGUUGUGGAGAAUAACCCCGAGGGUAGCCCCAAGUGCGACCUUGAUGCCGUGAUUGCAGACCUCGACAUCAUACGGGUGGACUUUAAGAUCCCCCGCGAUUACCCAGAGGGCAUGACAGGGAUUAUGAGAUCGAUUGAAGCACUCUUCCUGUCUCCAAAGAAGAUUGGCAUGAGGAAUAUCGAGACUGGUUCCGCACCGGCUCUUCGGGAGUUGAAGAACCCGAAGCGAGACAGCUACUACAUCAAAUGGACAACCCCAUGGGAGACAUCCGGCUGCCGAGUAAGCUGGAUGAAGGCGAAAGAAAAAUCGCCCACACUGAAGUUCAAGUUUGUGAACUCAAGGAAUGCGAAACGUGUGGAGCAGAUGAUGGUCACUGUUGAUGAGCGUGACGGGUUCUAUCAGAAGAUCUCGAAGAAAGACCCUAACACUUACGGCAAAUGGAUGGCAUUUCCGGUCCGGAUUUGGCUGCGCAUUCAAUGGCUGAUGGCAACGCCUAGCAACAUAGACAACAAACUGUUUGGGAAGUUGCUUGUCGACGACAAUUCCCCUUCCUCUAUCAAGAGGAAGUAUAAAGGGAAGAAGACAUCAAAGAAAUUAUCAAAGAGAGGCCUGGAAUCUUCCACAGCCGAGGAAGGAAGCUCUGCGGACGAAAACUCGGAUGCGUCAGUUGUGCUAAGUCCAGAGCAGUCGGUGUUAGGGCAAGAACAUACGAUGGAGACAGUGGGAAGUCAAGAGUUGACCGAGGAAGAGUUGACCGAGGAAGAGUUGACCAAGGAAGGGUCAACCAAAGAAGAAUCGACCCAGGAAGAGUUGCACCAGGAAGAGCAGACCCAUCAUGAGUUGACUGAGCAAGAGUCCAUCCAGCAAGAGUCGACCCCGAAGGAGUUGACAAAGAGGGUCUCUACACUCAGAAUUGAUACCCAGAAAAGCAACAAAAGGUCUAAGGGCAAGGGUAAGGGAAAGCACACGCCUGGUUCGUCUAGCUCCGAUACAGGCAAGAAGGAUGCAGACAAUGUCACAGAUCACACCACACCACAGAACACAGAACAACGUGGUGAUGACCAAUGUGGCGACAACCAGUGUGGUGGCUUACUUCCGGGAGUGCAGGACAUCGCUCGACAGGGUGUCCCGACUGAGCAGCAACUUGCGGCAGUUGCUGGCCAACAAACAGUCAAUGCCUCCCGGUUCCCUACUACCCCCGAUGACCUGACUACCCCAUUUUCUCCAUCAUUCGAGACAGCCCGAACCCACCUCUCCCCCCGCACUCCCCUCCCCUCAUCCUCACUUUCAUCUUUCUUCACACCAACGAGCGCUUCAUGGAAGAAAGAUGAGGAUGAGGGGGCAGGGGGAGUGAAAGCGGAAGGAAACGAGCCAGCAGAGAGUUCAGAUGAGCUGCGCCAGAUUCCGCGGGGGGAUGAGGCUGGGCUUCGGUACCCUGUCUCGAACAACAGGGACGAGGUGUGGUUUUCUGACCCUGAAGAGUACCAUGGCGGCCACGAGGCGCAGGAUCCAGUCUUGCGUCGAAGUGAGUCUUUCGAUAUGGCCAGCCUAGGGCUCUUCAGCGGCCAGGAAGCCGCGUCCUCGUCCCCAACGGCCGACCCUCCAUCGACCUCCCGUGCCUCUUCCGCCUUGUCCACCGCAGACUCGGCUGGGACUGAGACUGAUGAUCCCAGUUCAGAUGGCACCGUCCAGCCAGAUGACCAGUCUCCAGCCGAGUCUAGCCGACCUGACAAGAAGGGUGCAUACAAAAAGAAGAAGCAUGAGAGACGGAGGCGCAAGAACAUGAUGAAGCGUCAGGAAGCCCGCGAGGGCCCCGUCUCUACUGCUUCUUCUCAGGGCGGUGGAGUGGAAGGUCGUUCUCCGUCUCCACCCGAGUCGUCGGAGGAUGAAGAACGAACUCCCACAGCCAAGCAGUUCGGCAACAUCGGGGCCCCAGCCCCUGAACCACAGUUGGACUUGCGCAGAGUCGGCAUUGUCUGCGAGGAGAAAGACUGCCAAGUCCUCUGUGGUUUGGGGAAUGGGGUCUCCGUUGUUUGCCCUAAGUGCGGACCGUUUUCCUUAGUCCGCUACUGCGGCAAGCGCCACCUGUGGGAGGAUGCCAAGAGGCACUGGCUAGUUUGCACCACUCGACCAGUCCUGGAGCAGCACUUGGCUAGUUCGAUUCCGUACGACGAUCUCGUGGGUCCACCAAUGCUUCCCAGCCUUCACCAUUGGGACAGCCCUGAGCGCCAUCGUCAGGCGCUGUGGUUCAGUUCCGCCCGCGACCGAGGCGACUACUUCGUGUUCGCGGAGUGGGGCGACCUGGUGAAGGCUGCGGACGCUCCAGCCAGUCACGUAGGGCUGCGAUGUUCACCUCGAGUCGCACACAUUGUGCGAUUCGAGGACGCCGAAGAGAAGGACCGGUUCCGCCGGUGCCUGGCAAUCUGUCUCUUCGCGGCGGUUGAACAUCCAGCCCUCGUGGACUAUCUUUACCGGCUUGUCCGGGACUGGAUGCGGGCUCACAACAUGUGGGCCAGUGACAAGGACAUGGACGGCAUGCUGCGCUACCAGAUGGGACUCGAGAUGGGUGGCACCGUCGAUAAGAGCAGUCUUGGUUUGCGGCAUGCCUGCGAGACGGAGUGGGUCGGUGCUGACCGGCGCCACUGCGAGGAUCUGACCUGCGCGAGCGAGCGUCGCCCCACGUUGCUCGGUAACCACCGUAUGGGGUUGGGCCUUGGGAGAGUGUGCGAUUCCCUCGAAUCCAACUAUUGGAUUCUGAGGGCGCACCGGGCCACCCAUCCUUCGGUGAGCGACGUGGUGGCUCGCACGUGUGGGGGAGGAUACUCGGAGGUCCUUCCAAUGGACCGGCGGACAUUCCGCCGUGGCGUCGGCUGGGACGGGGCGGGAACGGGCCCCAUGGAGUGGGAGAUGCCGUGGUCAGGGUAG